AUGGACGGGCUGACGCAAGCGCUCCAGGGCGCCCAAAUCGGUUUCUUUGAGCGAGGUCUCGAUCUCCUGGCGCGCUAUCUUCGCCUGCCUGGUACCUUCCGCACUGAAAAUCGAUUGGCUAUGUCCAACAAUUGGCAGUUUUGUAACUACCUUCAACGAUUGAGGGUUGGGCUGAUGCGUGUCGGGAUGCUUUAUCUUGUUUCAACCAUUCUUGCGAAUCUGCAUGUGCAUCUUGGGAGAUAUACACCUACGAGGAGCUUCUAUCGAAUACAGCCACCCAUCAUUGAGGAUUAUAUUACGCCGGGCGAUGUCUGGAAAGAUGAGAGGAUUGUCAUGACAGAGCCUGAUUGUUCUGGUGUGUUUGAUGAAGACCACAUGGACGAUAUUGAGGACCUGGAUGCCGAUGACGGUAUUCUAGCAUUUGAUGGCCAGACUGAAGAUUAUGAUAGCAUAGAUCUCGGCGACAAGAGCGAUGAUGAUUGUGAGUAA